AUGGUGUGCUUAAUUCAAGAUAUAAACAAUUUGAGUGAUUAUGGAAAAGCUGUUAAAACAUUUGUGAAUAUUUCUCUUCAACCUGAUGAUAAUUUGCCUAAAAAUAUGUGUGGAAAGUGUUUUUUCCUAUUAAAACAAGUUAUUUUCUUCAAGUUGAAUUGUGAAUCUAGUGAUAAAAAAUUAAAAAACCUAGUAGAGCUUUCCAAUAUUACCCUAGAAAAUUUAAUGGAAAAUCUGGUUCAGUACUCAAUGUAUAAUAUAUAUUUUCCCACCGAAUUGUCAAGUUAUGUUCGUGAAAAAUAUCCAAAUGGUAUUGAUCAACAAAACAGAAAUAAGGAAAAGAUGCAACUAAAGGCAACAAAUACUGAAACAUGUAAUGAACAGUUCAUACAAAGUGACUCCAUGACCACACAUAGCAAAAUGGAAAUUGAAAGCAACCAUUUCGAUCAAAAUACUAAUACUGAAUCUGAAUCAGAAUUAAAUAACACACAAAAUGAUGAGUAUUUGUUAGACAUAAUGGAGAAAAUGAUAGAUAAACAUUUGAAUAUAGUAAAUGGAGAUUUGAAACAUUGCAAGAAGAAAAGAAUUUUGAGGCGAAGAAAAUUAUUUAAAAGCAAACAUCAAACACAGAUUAGAGGAGAGAGGUUAAAGAAAAAUACAGAUAAUAAAACAAUGUCUUUAAUGUGUAAAAUAUGCCUCAAAGUUUUAGCAAAUCAGCUCACCUAUGACCAUCACAUGCAGAGACACAAUGGUUGCCGAUAUAUUUGUGAACAUUGUGGUAAAGGAUUCCCUGUCCAGGCCGAGCUUAAGAUACAUCAAGUAGUGCGACAUGGCACUGGCCCCUACUUACAGUGUCAUCAUUGUUCAUUCAAAGCUCCAAGAAAAUUUGAUUUAAUAGAGCAUGAAAGAAUUCACACUGGAGAGAGACCAUAUACUUGCGAUAAAUGUGGACUUACAUUCCGGAGACGUGGAAUAUGGAAAAAACAUCUAAUAUAUCACAUGGAGAAAAAAAUACAAUGCACUCAGUGCCCUCGUAAAUUCUACCAACGUGGUGAAAUGCUAGCCCACGCUAAUAAUGUCCACCACAGGGUAUAUGUUUACCUGUGUAAUAAAUGUGGAGCUACUUAUGCAAAACCAGCAACAGUGCGGAGACAUUUAACGGAAAGACAUGGAAUUCCCAGGGAGAUGCAAGGUAAAGUGAUAAGGGUAAAUAAGGGGUCUAAUUAUAAUAAACAAUUAGGUUGA